AGUAAACACAUUGAUGCAUGCAUACAUGUUCAAUUAUAGUUUGUCAUUUUAAAAAAUCGAACAAAAAAAUAGUAUAAAAAGUUUUAAUGCUUGCAUUUGUCGAGUUUUAUUACAUUAAAACCCUAAUCUACCCUCACAGCGUUUCAAAUUAUUAAUUUUUACAGUCAAAUCGGAUAUAAAUUUUUAAAAUUGUUUUUAUAACUAGAUUGCGCGCGUUCAUUUAUUUGAUUAUUUCAUUGAAGCAUUAGAUCAUUGAUGCGCAAGCUUUAGAUUAAGUACGUGAAAGUAAAUUUAUUUGAAUCUUUAAAAAUGGCCUCUGGCAUUGCAGCAAGUGCAACAGUUCGUGCAGUAAAAGGAAGAAGAAUUUUACCACCUCGUGCAGCCCUGGUUUUAACAGUGAAUGCCGUGAAAAAGAUCAAAGACAUAUUGAAGGACAAACCAGAAUACAUUGGCCUUAAAGUUGGCGUUAGACAAAGGGGCUGCAAUGGUCUAAGUUAUACGUUGGAUUUUGCUACUGAAAAAAAUAAACUUGAUGAACAAGUAAUUCAGGAUGGUGUUUGUGUGAUAAUUGAUAAAAAAGCUCAGCUUUCAUUACUAGGAACAGAAAUGGAUUAUAUUGAAACAAAACUUAAUUCAGAAUUUGUAUUUAAUAAUCCAAAUAUCAAAGGAACAUGCGGAUGUGGUGAAAGUUUCAGUAUAUAAUUUACAGACUUAAUUUAGCUAUGUAAAUUUCUUAAAUCAAAUAAUGAAUAAUAUA